CAGCGACACCUACUGUCAGAUUUUACGCAGGAAGAAUGCACAGAAUGAUUCGCGCCAGUGGGAUAUUGUUCCAGCUUUUAUCAAACUCACGAUAUCAUUUUCAACAUGUGUAUUUGACAUGAAUUUUUAAAAACAAUGUUUUUGGCGAAAGAGUGAGUUUUGGAUAUCUGAAGUUCCGCUUUGAUAAAUUUCGCGGAAAUUUUAAUAGGCAAAAUAACAUAAGCACAACAAACAUGGCGGACGCUGUGAAUGGUGUUUUGGAAAUGACUAGUGCACAUGUAUUGGGCCAAGAUACGCCUAUUGUAUCAGCUGACGGUAUACGAAAUUCAGAAAAUGAUGUUACAGAUGAAGAUAUAUUACAGCAAGCAUUAGAUGAAGCAUCAGACAAUUUAGUGACCACCAGUUUAACACAAGGUGACGAAACUGUUGCUGUAAACUUGGCCGACACUGUUGCAGAUGGGACGUUCGACACAUCAGAAACACCCGGUGUCCCGACCGAAGUGACGUUUGAUAAUGUGACGUAUUCUGUGGUUACUGAUAAUGAAAAUGUAAUGUAUGCAACCACAUCAGGGGCGGCAUUGGAACCGUCGGAUAGUUUGUCAGAAGAUGGGCCCCUGCACACCAGCAUAAGUACAAUAGAGGAGGGAGAGGAUGACUGUGAGCUAGGGGACACUGUCACCACAAGUUCAGGUGUUUCUGUAAGACUUGUACCUGUCAAUCAAGCGAGUGGGGCACCUCUCGGAUCUAGUCAAAAUCCCAUUCGUAUCAUCCAGCAAGGUAAUCAGUAUACACCUGUACAACACCUCACCACAGAACAGCUUCAACAGAUAAUGCAAGUUGUGCAAGAGCAACAGGUAGCUAAAAGUACAACACAGGAGGGCUCCAGUAUUCUCUACAACCCUCAGACGAAUACACGAAUAGUGUAUAGAGUUAUCUACCCGUCAGAGCUCCAUAAGUCUGCUAACAGCGGUGCUCCAAUCACUCUCCAAUCACAGGGACAACAGACUGUGUUGCUAAGUCAAAGUAGUCGCAGACCCUACAAAAAACGGAAAUUAGAAGAAGAUCCCGAUAAACAGGAUGGACCUGAUUUAUCGAAAGAGGAAAAAGAACUUAGAAAAAAACAUCGCCCGCGUACUAGAUCGGGUAGAAUUUCAAAACCGCCUAAACAUAUGGUAAAAGACUAUAAACAUAUUCAUGUUUUAGACUGGGAUGAGGACUAUGAUGAUUCUGAUGGUGGUUACUCAGACUUUAAAUACAGUGAAGAUGAACGAGAAGAGAGGGAGGGCUCUGAAUCAAUGGGCAUGGAAACAGGUGUGGGACAUCCUCGUCCUAAAAACUGGAAGUGCGAGACCUGCCACAAGUCAUACAUCGGACGUGGUGGACUUGGCCGUCACUACCGGCUCAACCCAGAACAUGGCUCUGUCGAUGACCUUCCAGAGGAAACAAUACACCCAUUUGUUAGGUCUUCCCACAAUGGUCUUAGCAACAGUACGGGUAACUUAUCGGAGGACAGCAAUACUCAAGACUCUAUCUCUGGAAUUCCUUCAGCGGGGACGCCCAACAAAAUGUUCCACCACAGAGGAGGGUAUCGGGGGCGCAACUUUGAAAAUCCACUGAAACGGAAAAACAAACUUCGAGAUCUGAUCCGGCAAUGUGAAGAUGAGGAACUGAUGGAAGUGGUACUACCUCGCCUUGCCCAGGUCAUCACUCUGUGGGAGUUCCUCCUCAUGAAAGUAGAGAAGGGCAAGCCAUCUCUCCCCCAUGUUGACGACAUCUACCAUGAAUUCGAGGCACUUUCCAAACAAGUUCAGAAAUUUUGCAAAAUGUAUCUGAAGCCUCUAGCAAACACCGAAAAUAACCUCAGUAAUGUAAAAAAAUUAAAGGUGGAGAACAAACGCAUGGCAGGAGUGCUAGAUUUGGAAUUAGACACAUACGAGGUGAAAGAGAUUCCUGCCAGUGAUUUAUCAACAUUCCACUAUAGACAAAUACCUAUUGAUCCCCCACAUGUGGACACUACCAUCAAACCUCGUGUGAAACGUGUGGAGUAUGUUACCCAGAGACAGUUGCUCUCCAAGAUGGCUGCUGGGAAGCAGCUGACAAGAACCACGUUGAGUAACUCGGGUGGCAAUAACUAUGUAUUAGCAACAGGACGACCUGUUGUCAUGGAGGCAAGUAACGGUAAAUUGUCUUCCUCUUCAACUACAACAAUGCUUGACAAUCAAAAGUUUGGUAAGAUAGACAGUAUCAUGCAAUCAGUCACACCAGUGUCCUCAACACAGCCACGGUUUGUGACGGUGUCGGCGGCACCUAGUCACGUUAACACGGUGCUCACAUCUUCAGGUACGAACAGUAUGACACCGGGGGUCGGUAAACAAUCCAGUAGUACACCAGUAGUGAUACAGACAGUGGAAUCUAAACCAGGCAUUAAACCAAAUGUUGUGGGUGGCAUUAGUUUAUUACCACCAAACCUUGCCUCGCUAGCAAAUGCUCAAAAGGCAUCUACAUCACAACCAGUGGCUGUGAGUGUGAAUAUGGCUUCUAAUCUAGUUCAGUCCACGCCAGCUAACACAAUAGUGAUUCAGUCAAUACCAAAUCAAUCUCCUGCAAAUCCGGUUGUAGAAAACUUGUUGGGAACUAGCUCUAUUGACAGACCUACAGUUAACAGCCAUGAAAACAUUGUUACCUCAUUGACUGAACCCCUGGCGACCGUACCACUUUCAGUGGUAGAUGGUCUAGUGAUCGAGGAGUCGCCCAUACAGUUGUCCUCCCUUCCACCAGCAACCAACGGGGAGAAAGAUGCAGAUAUUUCUGUGGUGGUGGAAGAGGAGGAACAAGGAAACUCUCCACAAGAGGAGGUACAAAAGUCCCUAGAUACCAACACAAUAUUAUGUAAAAAUGAGGUUGGAAGUCUUGAAAAUAUUAUGGACACAAGUGAUACAAUUGUGGAAGCUACAAGAGAAUUUGAGGAAGGGGAAAUGGUGCAACUAGUACAGGAUCAGAUUCUAGAGGAAGAAGGAGUGGAGGGGAUACAGGUGCCAUCAGAUCACAUCAUCACUGCCUCCAAUAUUUAUCAGACCCCUGAAGGUAUCAUUAUUAUCCAGAACCAAGAUGGGAGCACAGUACAACUACAGGGUGGGGACGGAGAGCCCAUCCCAUUAGAGACUGUACAGGCACUGCUGGCUAUGGACGGACAACUCUUACAGACCACCAUGGAGGAAGGGGAGCAACUCCAGCUUGACCAGUGAACACGACCACAAAAACCACAGAAUCACUUGGAAAACAGCCAGAGUUGUAGGGAAUCAUUAAGCAUCAUGGUUAUUGUAAGAAUCUUUUAAUAUUUUGGGCCAACCUUUUUGACUUGUGGGAAGUGUAUAGCACAAGCAAUAUUGACCAUUCCACCAUUUCUAGAUACGGCAGACUACUAGCACAAAAUAAUAGAGUUAGUGUCUUGCACAUAAUUUACAGAUGGACCUCUAUUAGAAAGAGGAAUCCCUCUUUUCUACUGGAAACAAUUUCAUAAUUAUAAAUUACUUAAUAUCAGGAAGUAAAUAACAAGGAAACUUUCCAUUUCUGUGUUUGGAAAUUAAACAAUAUUGGUUUAUAAAUUAUGAAAUGAUGUAAAAGGUUGUAGGUAAGCAACAGUAGAUUUUAGAAAAUACAAUUCAGUCAAAUAAAAUUUUCUGAGAUAUUCUAUUUUCAAGGUGAAAUUAAGAUAGAGAAUGCCAUACCAUAUGUACCAAACUUGGUGUAUGUACUUUUGUCAAGAACCUGGCAACUGUUCACAUUUACAAGAGUGUUAACAAUAACUAAAUACAAGUACAUAUGGUCCAGAAAAAUAUUUAUGAUCAGUGGCACAAAGACAGAGGAAUAUUACAGGUAAUGAGUAUAAAGCACACCUUAUUUUGGCACACUAAAAUUUGAAGUGGAUUUAAACGUAUUAGGUGCAAUGUGAUGGAUGAUCAAUUGAUGCACACAUUGAUAUUUGUCAGAAAUUGAUGUACAGAAAAAUUAAUGUACAGAAACUGAAAUCAUUAUUGAGUGAAAUUCUUUUACCACAAAAUAACAAUUAAAAUAACCCCUAAAAUUUGUAUGUUUACAGCAAGUGUAUUGGGAUUUAGGCAGCAUACACUGUAGUGUACUGUUAUUAAGUUUUCAAAACGUAUCCAUAGGGGGAAAAUGACACUUAAGACAAUCGAAAUGGUAAUUUGGCCUCUCACAAAUUGCAAUACAGUUGUGAAUUUUAGUGAAAAUUUAGUCAAAAUGACUUAUGGAAAUACUUUUCAUGUAUUCUCUAAUAGAAAUAUCGGAUUGGUGAAUUUAAAUUCCAAAUCUGGAAUUUAUUUUUAAAAGUCUGGUGUAAUAAAUUUUCCGAAAGUGCAAUUUCGCCAUACCAGGUUCAGAGGUUCCCUUCUCCAUUUGCUGUUUUAAGAUAAUGUAUCUAUCAGUUGCCACCUCUCUAUAACUAUUAGUUAAACACAUCUUCAUAUGGAUAUCAAACUGGCUAAGGACUCCCAUGUCAGAAAAAUUAUUUCUGAACUUUACAGCUCUGUUAUUUCAGUAGGAUGUCAAUUCGUUAAAGAAUUAAACACAGGUGUUGUUUAGUAGUCUGUAAUAUUGCUGACUCAGUUGUUUCUGAUAUUUACUGGUUUUCGGUGACUUUAAAAUUGUCUUUAAACGUGUUCAACUUAAAUUCCAUGGGAUAUAGAAAUUGGUUCUGCAGUGUGUCCGUCCAUCUGUCUGUACAGGUGAAGACAUUUGAAUUGUUCAUAUGGGUUUAACUGUAAGUGCUACAUCUGAUAUUUGUUACAAUGAUGAAGCUAGGUUUGAUCUACUGAACUGUAAGUUUAUGCUGCAUGUAAGGUACAUAUAAUAUUUCGUUCGUUCAGUUUGAUAUCAGAUUACCAAGUUUUGUGUUCUAUCACACUUGCAUUUGAAUACCAGUAUAUUUCAUCAACCUUUAAUGCAGCGGAACUGAAUUCAGAUUGAAGUAGAGUAAGGUACUGCAGUCUUAAUGGUUUUGAUUUUUUUUAAAUUGUGAAUCUGAUAGAUAACUUAUAGUUCUAAUGAACAUUUAACUACAGGUGUGUGUAUGUGUGAAUAUAUCAAAAUGAAAGGGCAUUACGAUGUCUGGAGUGAAAGGUUUAGAAUCGUUUUAUAGAACUUUGAGUUCCAAAUAAAUUGGAUAUUGUACAGUUUUGAGAUAUGUUAAAUAUUAGGCUGUUACAUAUAUGUGAAGUACAAUUGGAAGACUGUCUAUAUACCAAUGUUACUGAUAUCCUAUUUUUGCACUAUAGUUAGCGCAAUAAAUAGUGUCAAAACAUUUUCUCAACAGUUAAUAUUAUUGUUCAGGUGAAAAUAAUUUAUAAGCAUUGUACAUAAUGUAGUGCUCCAUGCUGGUGCCAAAAGUGCUAAAUUUAGUGUUACAACAAAUCCAUUUACAUGGGAGCAGACAUUGUAAUGCUAGCUCUAUCAGAAUUGGACACAUUCUCCAGUGAAAUAACAGAUAAGCCCAGGAUAGCGAUCCUAUGACUGGGGUCGCUGACUUGUGGAGUAAACCUUGCUAUAAAAUAUGUUUAGCAAUAUUGUGUUUUUAUACAAAGUUGUAUUAUACUUUCUGUUCAUUGUCUGACAGUUGAAACAGAAAUUAUGUAAUUUAUUGGCGAACACAGUACUGUGAAUGAAAGCAAGACCUGUCUUUGCUUUAAAACCAGGAAAUGUUGAAAGAUACUGAUUAUUCUUUUCAAAGAGCAGCUAUAGAAAUUUUAAUAAAUAUCUGAAUCUUUUUGCAUUGACAGUUAAUGUAUUAAAAUUCUUACUACCUGGA